AUGCCUGUUACCCACCAUAACACGCGCUCUCCCAAAAAGAACCACCCACGUUUUCGAGAAAUUAUUCAGAAGCAUCGUGACCGCACGUUGAACGCUAUCCGCACCUCUUCAAAGUCGCCCGCCCUUAGCCCCAACCCCCCAACUGAUACAAAAGCAAACCCACCACCUCUACCCCCAACUCGCCCUGCAGCCAGGGCUCCUAAAAGUGGAAGCGAGAUCCUCAAAAGCGAGUACCGCCCGCACGUAGUCGCCGAAGAUAGAAUUUACGCAUGGGACACCCCAUACGCCCGCUGUCACCGUAGCAAACUCGGCCUCCCGCCCGGACUUAUUUCAUCAUCCUUUGUCACACUCAUGGGAGCCCUCGCUCCCAAUACCAGAUCCACCUACGCCGCUGGGAUCCUACGCUUCACCCAAUUCUGCGACAAGUAUGGCGUGUCAGAGGAGGAGAGGAUGCCCGCAUCGUACGCAUUGCUCACGGGAUUUAUGAGCGAAUGGUCAGGGAAGAAGGGAGACGGCACCAUCAGGGGAUGGCUCGCUGGCGUGCGCGCCUGGCACCAGUUCCAUCAUGCCCCUUGGUUUGGAGACGACUCGUGGGUGCAACUAGCUCGCUCGUGCGUAGCCAAGGAGGGUCAGGCUUUCAGGAAGCCUCCGAGAUCUCCCGUGUCUAUGGAGCAUCUCAUUGCUCUUCGUCGCACUUUACGUUUGUCAGAUCCUUUCCACGCUGCGGUGUGGGCCGCUGCCACUGCUGCCUUCUUUGGCUGCCGCCGACUCGCUGAAAUCGUCGUGGCCGUGAAGUCCAAGUUCUCCCCCAAGUACAAUGUCUGUCGCUCAUGUGAACCCCGUUUUCGCACACACCGAGAUGGGUCCUCAGCCGUCGCCUUCGACAUCCCAUGGACUAAGACCACGAAGGAACGAGGAGCAUUGGUCGUCCUCACUGCCCGGACGGACAAGUGGGCACGGGAGCUCGGCAUCUGCCCAGUCAAGGCCAUGAAAAAUCACCUUGCAGUCAACCACGGCCUCCCAUUAUCGGCAUCCCUCUUCGCCUACAGGUCCGGAAAUUCUUGGAAACAUCUCACAAGAGCUCAGUUCCUCGAGCACGUCAUGGGGAUCUGGCGGAGCGCCGGCCUGGGACAUGUAUCAGGCCACAGCUUUCGCAUUGGGGGCGCUGUCGAGCUGCUCCUCGCCGGCGUUCCUCCCGAGAUCGUCGCUUCCACAGGCGGUUGGACCUCCCUGGCCUUCCUGCUCUACUGGAGAAGGGUUGAGGAGGUACUUCCUAUGAGUACGACUAGAGCAUACCAUGAAUCUCAGCUCAAGAACUCGCUCGCCGCCAUCUUUGAGAAGUUCCGAAGGGACAACAACCUGCCGGAAUACCUCUCCACGACUGCCCAGUCAUUGCGAGAUACCGAUCAUGCAUCGGAUUAA